AUGCAAAGUUUGAUUUUAAUCAACUCCGGGUGGCUUCUACACUUCAUUUUAAGCUUUUAUUUUAUUCGUCGUAUUAAUCACCUAUUACUUCGAGGUGUACUAACAUUGAUACCCUGUAUUAUCUUGACUGAUGCUGGUGCUCGAAAUCUUCCUCCACAUGAUAUUCAGUCUGUGUUUGGCAUAGCAUGUUAUUGGAUGAUGUGCGUUCGUCUUCUUCAUUUGGUCGUUUUAUCUCUCGAUCAGUCUCAAACUUUUCUCUCCUUUCUUUGCAAAUGUUUGUGGAUUUAUUUUCUGGUAAAACCUUGCUCAGUAAAAGAAAAACAGUGGUCAGUUAUGUUUCACUUGUUCUCGGCUGUGAUAAAAUUUCUACUUAAUCGAUUGAUACACAAAUGGUUAUUAAUAUGCGAAGCAAAUGAUAGUCAUAUACGGGUCAUGGUUUAUUUCAUAUCAAUACUGACAUUUUCCUAUGUAAUUGAUCUUGAAACAGUUCUCGUCCGAAUGAUUACUCGAGAUCAAUAUACAAUGCAAGCAUUGAACAAUUUCCCGUUUCUAUCUCAAUCAGUGCGUGAAUUUUGGGGUCAACGGUACAAUCAAAUCAUUGGUACUAUUCUUAAAGAAUCACUUUUUCAACCAUUAAAUUUGUACAUAUCUUCUCGAUCAAUUUCGUCUCUAUUGACAUUCACUGUCAGCGGUCUUUUUCACGCUCAUAUUGUUUUGGUUGUUUUCAAUGACA